CGAAAUCCGGUCACGUGACCAAAGUCCGGAAGAAACGACUUGACGAUGAGAGCGAUUUAACGGAGGAGUGAUGAUUGUACGCGGUUUUUUCUUCUUGUUUUUAUCACUUGGACUUCUGGAGGUUUUGAGCCACGAUGGUAUCGUACCUCUCGUCCAAAGUUUGGACGGUGAAUGGAACUUGUGGAACUCGAACAAGUCCUUUUUUCUGCCCGCCCAAGUCCCAGGAUGCGUCCACACGGCGCUGCAGCAGCGAGGGUUAAUUCAGGAUCCUUACUUCCGGUUCAAUGACCUUCUGUACGAGUGGAUCUCUUUGGACAAUUGGACGUACGCCACCACGUUUGCAGUGUCCAAAGAGCUGAGGUCCAAGCGACAAGUCCUUCUGAUUCUGGACGGCGUGGACACGGUGGCGUCGGUUUGGCUCAAUGGCGCGUUGGUGGGCCGCACGGACAACAUGUUCCGUUCAUACGUCUUUCCCGUCCGAGAGCUGCUGAAGGCCGAGGAGAACACGCUGCUGGUCCGCUUCCUGUCUUCCAUCGUUUAUGCCACCCAGAGGAGGAAUGCCCACGCCGCCUACGCGAUUCCUCCUGAAUGUCCACCCAGCGUCCAGAAAGGACAGUGCCACGUCAAUUUCAUCAGGAAAGCCCAGAGCUCAUUCAGUUGGGACUGGGGUCCGUCCUUCCCCGGCGCCGCGCUGUGGAAAGGCGUCCGCCUUGAGGCCUUUGACUCGCUGCGACUCGUGCACUUGGCCGCUCUUCCUCUCUACGACGUCGGCAGCUCGUCGUGGUCACUGCAGGUGGACGCGCUGGUGGACGCUCUUCAACCCACCUUGGCCCAAAUAACGCUGGACUUGCCCGAGCUGCUCUCCCGCGUCGCCUUCCCGGCAAACAUUCGCCCGGGCGCCGCCAAAUACACCUUCACCCUCAGCGUCAAUGCGAGCGCCGACGUGAGGCUGUGGUGGCCCAACGGUCUCGGCGAACAAACGUCCUACCGCCUGCUGCUCACGGCGCGCUCGCCGGAUGGCGUGGCGCUCCUCCAAGCGCACUCAAAGGUUUACUUCCGUCGCAUUGAGCUGGUCCAGGAGCCCGUCUCCAGCUCGCCGGGUCUGAGUUUUUAUUUCCGCAUCAACGGGAAGCCGCUUUUCCUCAAAGGCUCAAACUGGAUCCCAGCGCACUCUUUCCAAGACCAAGUCACGCCUCAUGUCUUGACGGACUUGCUGCGGUCGGCGGCGGACGCCAACAUGAACGUCCUCCGGGUGUGGGGUGGCGGCGUUUACGAGCAAGACGCCUUCUACGACGCGUGCGAUGACCUGGGUCUCAUGGUGUGGCAGGAUUUCAUGUUCGCUUGCGCCAUGUAUCCCACCGAGGACGACUUCAUACGCAGCGUGAGGGAAGAGGUCUACCAACAGGUCUGGCGUCUGAAGUCCCACCCGUCCGUCAUCAUGUGGAGCGCAAAUAACGAGAACGAAGCGGCGCUGGCCACCGACUGGUUCCACAUCCCCGACCGGCAGCGGCCCGUCUACCUCAAGGACUACGUGGCGCUCUACGUGGACAACGUCAUGGCCAUCGUGAAACAGGAAGAUCCCAGUCGGCCGUUCCUGGUCUCCAGUCCGACAAACGGCGCCGAGUCUGAGCGGGAGGGCUACGUGGCGAGCGAUCCGUACGACCCGCGCUACGGCGACACGCACUUCUACAGCUACUCGGCCGACUGCUGGGACUGGCGCGCCUUCCCCCGAACGCGCUUCGCCUCCGAGUACGGCUUCCAGUCGUGGCCGUCGCUCUCCACGCUGCGGCCGGUGUCUGUUGCGGAGGAUUGGAGCUUGAGCAGCCGCUUUGCAGGACACCGCCAGCACCAUCAGGACGGAAACGAGCAGAUGUUGAAGCAGGCGUCCGUUCACUUCCGCCUGCCCAACUCCAGCGACCCCCUGACCCACUUCACACACACGCUCUACCUCACCCAGGUGAUGCAAGCUCAGUGCGUGAAGACACAGACGGAAUUUUACCGCCGUAGCCGCAGCGAGCUGAUAGGAGGCCUCGGCAACACCAUGGGCGCCCUCUACUGGCAACUCAACGACAUUUGGCAGGCGCCCUCCUGGUCAUCCAUCGAGUUCGGCGGCAAAUGGAAGAUGUUGCAUUAUUUGGCCGCCGACUUCUUCGCCGACGUCCUGCCCGUCGCCUUCGAGGACGAGAACGGUACGCUGCUCAUCUACGCCGUUUCCGACCUGAGCCAAGACCUCAAGCUCAGAGCCGUGGUGUCAGUCUACACGUGGAGCACCCCUGACCCGCUUUUCACAAAGAAGUCCGACCUCGUGGCGGUUCCGGGAGGAAGCGCCGUUCCGGUUUUCAAAUGGCCCGUCGCCGCCCUACUGGCCGGAUCCGGACGCUGCAGCCGCCGCAGCUGCCUGCUGGCCUUCCGCCUGGAGGAGGGCGGCGGUGACCAACGUGGCCCCGCAAACCACCACUUCCUGUGCUCACCCAAAGACGCCCUGGGGCUAAAACCGCCCGACAUCACGGCCAAAGUGCGCCAGGAUGAGACGGGAUUGGUGGUGGACCUCCAGUCUUCGGCCGUGGCUCCUUUCGUGUGGCUGGAUGCGGGCGACAUUCCCGGGCGCUUCGACGCCAACGGCUUCUUGAUGCUGUCCAGGAACAGGACGGUGGCGUUCCGCGCCGGGAAACCCACCAGCGUUACGGAAUUCUCCCGAGCGCUCCGCGUCACCUCGUUGAGCGACCUCUACUCGCCUUAAAUCGCCUUCAACCUUGUUGCCACACCCGAUGACGCUGCUUGUAAGUUCAGCGGUAUAGGACCUCUGAUUGCUGCCAUCUCAGAACAUCCAAGAUGUUACGUUAUUUAUAUUUUAGUGUAAA